AUGGAGCACUAUUCCUUUCCUUUAUCUCGAUCUCGAUCUCAUAAAAAGGACGCAUCAAUUUACUCGCCAACGGAACAAUUUAAUCUCUCGCAUCCUCAAUCUCGUAAAAUAGAUGCAUUAAUUUACUCACCAACGGAACAAUUCAAUCCUUCGCAUGUUCCUCACUCUCGAUCUCCUGAAAAAGGUUCAUCAAUUUAUUCGCUAGCGGGACAAUUUAAUUACUCGCACGUACCUUAUUCUCGAUAUCGUAAUGAAGAUGCAUCAAUUUACCCACUAACGGUACAAUUCAAUCCCUCAAACGUUCCUCAUUCACGAUCUCGUGAAAAAGAUGCACCAAUUUACUCGUCGACGGAACAAUUCUAUCACUCGCACUCUUCUCGUGAAAAGGAUGCGUCAAUUUACUUGAUAACGGAACAAUUCGAUCCCUCAAACGCUCCUCAUUCUCAUUCUCGUGAAAAGGAUGCGUUAACUUACAUGUCGACGGAACAACUCAAUCCCUCGCAUGUCCCUCAUUUUCAAUUUCGUAAAAAGGAUGCAUCAAGUUACAUGCUAACGGAACAAUUCAAUCCCUCACAUGAAGAAGAUGCAUUAACUUACUUAUCAACAGAAAAAAUUGAUUCUCCGAAACUCCUCCUUCUCGAUCUCACAGGAUUAAACCAAAUUUUAAAAAAAUUUAUCAAAGAAUAUCUCGAUAAUAUUAUAAGCUCUGUUUUAACUAAAGUUCGAAAGAAACAAUUUUAUAACCUUUCGAAAAGAUUACCACGCGAGGAUGGUAGCAGAGUACGGCCCACAAAUAGGAUCAAGAAUCCAAGAGAUCUCUCGCGGGGCGGGUUUAAUGUGGAGAAAAUGUUUUCCCGAGGAUAA